AUGGCUUCCAACCAUAAAACUGCGAAGAGGUUGGGAUCUGUGAUCAAAUUAAAGCCAGAAAUGUAUCAACAGUACAAAGAACUUCAUGCAGCAGUAUGGCCUGAGGUGAUGUUUAAAAUAACAUUGAUUUCACUUUAACAAGGUCAAAGUAAGAAUAGAUGUUGCACUUAGCAAAUAACUCUUUACGUUAAUUAAUUUUUUCGAUUUUCCAGAUCUUGAAAAGGAUAUAUGAUAGUAAUAUAAGGAACUACACUAUUUACUAUGACAAACAUCACCACUUGCUGUUUUCUCACAUGGAGUAUAUUGGUAAGUUUGAUCAUAGUUACUAACUAUGGUUUGAUGAUUGACGAUCAUAUAUAUGACUUCCUGUUGCCGUCAGAUACCUGAAACCAAACAUAUAUUUGUGGAGUGGGGGCAUGUUAAUUUGGGGAGGGGGGGGUUAAACUUUUCCACUUUUUGAUAAUUUGUUUUACCAGUUUGGUUGUGUUUAGGGGAUGUUUUAUCAGCUCUAAGAGAUAAAUGAUUCAUUAAGUCAAUUGAUUUAUUCAGCCAGCUGUCCUUGUGACUGUAGGUGCAACUGUCUGUCGGACAGUCAAACAGUCAAUAUUGAGCCUAUGCCCUAUAAAUGUAUCCCAUCAGUCUCUCCAUUCAUACUUCAGUUUGAUUCAGUCAGUCAGGGAAUGAUUCAGUUAUUCAUCCAGUCAACCAGCCAGUUUGUCAGUGAGUUAGUUAGAGGUAAAUGAGUCAGAUAGUCAGUUAGUAAGUGAGUGAGUGAGUCAGUGUCUGACUAAGUCAGUCAGGGAGUGAGACAGUUGAUGAGUCAGUGUAUGAGUAAAUGAGUGAGCCAGGGAGUCAAUGAGUCAACCAGUCAAUUGGAGAGUCAGUCAGCUCAUGAGUCAGUCAACAGCUAGAGUCAGUGAGUCAGUGUGUGGGUCAGUGAUUCAGUGUGUGAGUCAGUGAGUGGGUGAGCCAGUCAGUGAGUUAGUGAGUAAGUGAGUCAGUGUGUGAGUUAGUGAGUGGGUGAGCCAGUCAGUGAGUCAAUGAGUGAGCCAAUGAGUUAGUCACUCAGUCAGAGUCAAUCAGUCAGCCAGUGAGUCAGUGUGGGAGUCAAUGAGGUAGUCAUUGUGGGAGUCAGUAAGUGAAUGAGACAGUCAGUGAGACAGUCAGUGGGUCAAUGAGUGAGCCAAUGAGUCAGUCAGUUGGCGAGUUAGUCCAUCAACAGCCAGAGUCAAUGAGUCAGUGUGGGAAUCAGUGAGCAAGUCAGUGAUUAAGAGAGUAAGUCAAUAAGUGAGUGAGUAAGUCAGUCAGUUAGUGAGUCUGACAACAGCCAGUCAAUUCAUUGUGUAUGUAUAUUUAUCCCUUGUACCUGUCCGUCCACACCAAAAUUUGUAAUUCUGUGUCUCAGAUGUUUUUGUUUGUGUUGAUUUGAAUAUUUCAUGAAAAUCAUUCUUUCCUUUCCUUUCUUUUCUUUUCCAUUCCUUUACUUUACUUUCAUUUCUUUAAUUGUUGAAUCUCUCAACUCACUAAUUUUUAUUUUAUUCAGGGGAUGACCUAGAAAAGGACAUGGAAGCUAUAGGAAAUGACCCCAUGACAAAGAAAUGGUGGAAAGUGACUGAGCCUUGUCAAGAGUCAUUAGAGUGGACAGGGCCGCCACCUAGUGAGGGGGGUGAAGGGGGUAACUGGUGGUCACCAAUGGAGGAAAUGUUCCAUGAUGGACAUCCUGCUACACACUAUCAUUAAAUUAUGCAGAUUAUUUCAGGAUAACUGGAGAAUAUAGGAGAUAAUUUUUUGUCAAAUUAUCCGGGGGGUCAGUCAGUCAGUUAGUCAAUGGUUCAGUCACUCAGUGAGUCAGUUAAUUAGUCAGUCAGUGAGUAAGUUAGUAAAUGAGUAAGUCAAACAGGGUGUCCAUAGGAUAGUCAGUCUGUUAAUCAGUCAAUCAGUCAGUCAGUGAGUCAGGCAGGCCAUCCUGCCACAUAAGUCAAGAAACAACCAUAAACCAAGAGAAGUCAGGAUCGAAUCCAUCUAAUCAGAAAUGACAUGACAACCUUAGAUUAUUUUCUCUAAAGCCUAAUACCCUAAAUAUUAUAUCAAGGCAAUAUAAUAACUUGCUUUAACAACAGAUAGUUGUUAUGUUGGGCUUCAGGCUUUAUAACAGAGAGAUUCCUUUAAAAUGACGAUAUUGUCAAUAAACACACCACUG